CCUCGGUUUCUUUCUCAAUAAUUUUGCUUCACUUUUUCACGACACAUUCUACCUGGCGGGGAAGUUGUGAAUACUACAAUGGCAACCUCAGAUAAGAAUAGUCCGUUGGACUUCACGACAUUCCACAAUGUCAUUAAUAACGAAUUGACCUCAACAGCCGUGACUCGCCAUGGUAUCAACCCAGCCACUGCGGCACCCAAUCCCGAGGUCCCUGUGGCCACCCAGGAGGAUCUCGACAAGGCAGUCCAAGCGGCCCGUGCCGCUUUCAAGACCUGGUCCAAGACUUCUUUUGAAGAGCGCCGGGCUGCCCUCCAUGCCUAUGCCGAUGCAAUUGAUGCUAACAUCGAUGGAUUCUCCAAAAUUCUCACUAUGGAGCAGGGUAAGCCCCUGACUCAAUCCACGACUGAGCUCGGUAUGGCCGGCACCUGGAUUCGAGGACUGAGCAGCAUUGAGAUCCCCACGAAUAUCAUCGAGGAGACCGAGGAUCGCAAGAUCAUUCAGCGGUACACACCCAUGGGUGUCGUAGGUGCUAUCGUUCCCUGGAAUUUCCCCGUGCUCUUGGCUAUCGGCAAGAUUGUGCCUGCAUUGUAUACUGGUAACACGAUCAUUGUGAAGCCAUCGCCGUUCACUCCGUACUGUGCCUUGAAGCUGGCGGAGCUGGGAUCGCGCUUCUUCCCUCCCGGUGUUUUGCAGUGUCUGAGUGGAGACGAUAGCCUUGGUCCUAUGAUUACAGACCACCCCGGUAUUGAUAAGAUCUCCUUUACUGGAUCGAUUGCCACCGGUAAGCGUGUUAUGGCUAGCUGUGCUAAGACCUUGAAGCGUGUUACGCUUGAAUUGGGCGGUAACGAUCCGUCGAUCAUUUGCGACGAUGUCGAUAUUGAUGCAAUUAUCCCUAAGAUUGGAAUCCUAUCCUACCUGUGCAGUUCCCAGAUUUGCAUGAUGAUCAAGCGACUCUACGUGCACGAGAAGAUUUACGAUCAGUUCUUAGAGAAGUUGAUCGCUUUCGUCAAGACUCUCAAGGUCGGCGACGGCACCGAGCCGGACGUGUUCUUCGGCCCCGUUCAAAACAAGAUGCAAUUCGAAAAGGCCAAGAAUCUGUUCAAUUCUAUCUCUACUGAGAAGCUCAAUGCUGUUCUUGGUGGCACGAUCGAGGACUCAAAGGGCUACUUCAUCCAUCCCACGAUUAUCCAGAACCCGCCCGAGUCCUCGCGUGUGGUUCAAGAGGAGCCAUUCGCACCGAUCCUCCCCGUGAUGAAGUGGUCUGAUGAAAACGAUGUAAUCGAGAAGGCCAACGCCCUGGAGACUGGGUUGGGCGCCUCGGUCUGGAGCAAGGACUUUGACCGUGCCACUCGUAUCGCGGACCAAUUGGAGUCUGGUGUGGUGUGGGUGAACUCGCACUUUGACGUCUCGCCAAACGCGCCGUUUGGUGGCCACAAGCAGAGUGGUGUCGGUGUUGAAUGGGGUCUGAGUGGUUUGUUGGGAUACUGCAACUCGCAGACGCAGUGGCUGAAGAAGAGCUUCUAGUUUUGGUUACUUGAGAGGUUCCAGAUUUUGAACAUAGUAUUGAUGCACAUAUUUACGACAUUAUACGCGAACAAAGAAUUUUUUGGCUUCCACUUGCACUCGCUAAGUUAUUUCCAGUCAUUUGUCGAAGAGGAUUUACCUUUU